CAUUAUAACGACCACUGCAGGUGAAGAGACGUUGCUGACCUUUACGGCGAUCGUCAGCGCAGCGCCUCGGCUGAUUGGCAUACGGAGCCGUUAGCUGGAACAUCGAUUUUUUUCCUUCGAUUACACAACGCAGGCCUGAACUUUUGCUGUUGUGCCGUUGCAGAACCGACGUCCAUGCGAUGGAAACAGUCUCAGAGGUAGCAUCCACGGACCUGCCAUCCGUGGUAGCGGCGCAAGGGCUCACCUGCUUCAGCCUUGGUGCGGCCGUACUACUUGCACGUCAGCAGGUUCGUCACAACAACUACCCGAGCGCACCUGGUGGACCGCGCUUCACAUUGCUCGACGUCGCGCAAACGAUUCUGGCGUUAUGUUCCGCGGUACUGGCCUUCCUCAAGGGAAUUUACGUGCUGGAAGGCAAAUGGACGCUCGCGUUUCUAAACACAUCUACUCUUCGGUUGGCUACUUCGGCCUUCGCCAUGGCGGCCACAUUUAUCACCUUGCUGCUGGUUUUCCUGGGAAGGCUUCGUCGUAGCCUUCCACCUUCUGGCCUCUGCUGCGCACUGUACGGGGCACUGACCGUCGCCGCCGUGGUGGACCUGGUUCGUUUUCUCGAGCGGAUUCACAACGCCGAGGAUAUCCACAUUACUGAUGUGGAGCUUCAGAAGCCGGUGAUGGUGGUCAGUGUUUUGCUAACGUUUACGACCAUCGGAAACUUCGUCAUCGCUGGUCUCCAGGACACUGUGUUUGCGAAGUCCUCCCGUGUCAAGAUACCUUCCGGUCCCAAGAACGAAGAUGACAUGUCACCAUUUGGAAAGAUUAUUGUCGCUGCCCUCUUCCCCCUCUUUCGAGAGCAGAUCCGUGGAACCAAAGACAUGGACUCUGAAUUUCCAGAGCUGAGACGUGGAAUGAGGUGUAAGGACUUGGUGACGUACCUCAACACGUUCAUCACACGCGGAAAAAAGGACGUCAUCAGGCGUCGCGUCUUCUUGAAGUCUAUGAUUGGCGUCCUCUGGGUGGACGUGGUCCGAGUCACCGUCUGCACAUUGGCUUAUUUCGGAUGUCUACUUGCCAGGGUGCCUGCACUCGAGCUACUAAUGGCCAGCUCCACCCGAGGAGACAUGACGGCGGCGGCCAUCUUGCUGGUUGCGGUCAGCGCGGCCGAGUAUCUAGUGUCGGUCUAUCAUAUGGACAUCAUCAUCGUGUUCGGUUGCCGCAUGCGAGCCAUGAUGCAGGGGGCCAUUUUUAACAAGGCGGUCCACAUGCCUGCGACCAUGAGGAACACCUACCCGACCGGCGCCGUGGUGUCUCUGCUGGCGGUGGACUGCGGCACACUGGCGCUUAGCGUGAUGGUGUUCCCCAUGCCAAUUGGUGGACUCAUCACCAUGCCCGUGGUACUCUGGCUCCUUGCCGAGAGAGCGGGCACCUACCCCACACUCUGCUGCUUGGCCUGGAUGAUCGCGGUCUUCUUGAUGCCUUUCGGCGCGUUCAAGUUCCAGAGAAAGUUUUGGCAACGGCAAAUGAAAGCCCGGGAUGAACGCAUCAAGAGUCUGUCAGACCUGUUUGCAUCCAUUCGAACGGUGAAGAUGUACGCCUGGGAAGAGGCCCUUCAGGAGACGGUGCACCGCUUGCGCAACGUCGAGCUGUCUUGGCUGUUCCGGGCGAACCUACUGGACGGUGUGCUGGAUUCCGUCUACACAGCCUCAACCUCUGUGCUGACGAUUAUCCUGUUUUCGGCACUGUAUUUCUUUGAGCCCGGCAUUCACUUGAAGCCAGAGCUGUCGUUUUCCUGCUUAUACCUGCUGUACGUGACCGAGCUGACGCUGUGUUCUACGGCGCUACUAUUCAGGAAUGGACGGCAGGUAGCACUGGGUCUCGGGCGCAUAUCAGAGUUCUGCACUCAGAUGGAUCAAGAAGAACACAAAGAGAAGGCGUCGUACGAGAUCUACAGAAAAGCCGGCCACGUGAACCUCAGAAAAUGCGGCUUCUCCUGGAGCAGCCCGAAGGAAGAGAUCAAGCAGGAUCACCUGAAGGCCGUCAACCUCGACGUGCGGCCGGGAUCCCUAGUGGGCGUCGUGGGCUUUGUCGGCAGCGGGAAGUCUUCUCUCCUCUCGGGGAUCCUGGGAGAGAUGCCCUGCACCGUGGGGCGCGUCGUUUGCACGGGUCGCAUCGCUUACGUGCCCCAACUGGCGCACGUGCACAACAUGACGGUUCGAGACAACAUACUGUACGGGCAACCGAUGGACUUCGACUUCUACGAGGAAGUGAUCGCCGGCUGCAGACUAAUCGACGACCUUAACAGGCUUCCAGCAGGGGACUUGACUGAGAUCGGCGAGAAGGGCGGCAACUUGAGUGGUGGUCAGAAGCAGCGGAUUUCGCUCGCACGAGCAGUUUACAGCCGCAGUGAUGUGUACCUCCUGGAUGAUCCACUCAGUAGUUUGGACCCCGUGGUCGGUAACGGCAUCUUCGAGACAGUCAUCGGAAACACUGGGUUCCUAGGCAACAAGACCCGCAUAAUGGUAUGCAACCAGGGUAGCUAUCUGCGCUACAUGGACAAGUUGGUGCUGGUUCAUGGCGGGAGCAUCCGCGUCUACACCAACGUUGAAGACCUACUCGCAGACCCGGACUCGCCGGAGACGCUGAGGGACACGGCACGUGCAGAAGUUAUGCAUUCAUGCGAAACCGAAGGGCCCGAAACUAAAGGAGGCCAAGAGAACGAAUCGGCUGGACGGGUCACCGAGAAAGAGCAGCAAGGUUCCAACAAGUCAGCGUUCAGCAUACUGUGUGCCUUGGUAGGGCUGUCCGGCUGGCAGGCUAUGGUGGCCCUGGUGGUAUUCGCAGUGAGCGCGACGCUUUUAACGCUCCAGCAGCUGUGGAUAAAAGUGUGGACAGACGUGUCAUCGGCGCACGACGAAGAGACCACGGAGCACGACAACGACUCGGCCCUCGAGGCACACCGCGCAUCUUGGGUCGGAGUGCUGGUUGCACUAUGCGUCUUUGACGUGGCUUGCCGUGUUGUCGGUGGCCUCCUGCUGGCGGGCAGCAGCCGCUGCCUGUCGUGGCGUUUGCACAGCGCCAUGCUUCAGCACGUGCUGGGUAGUCCGGUGUCGUUGUUUGACUCCUCACCACGUGGUCGCAUCCUGAACCGGUUCUCGGCCGACAUGGACUUCGUAGACUCUCGCACCUUCCUGAGCGGCAAGCAGAGUGUGCAGAGUGUGCUCUUCACCGUGGCAAAAGUGGUGGUCAUCGCCACCCAGUCGCCGAACGUUCUCCUCGUUGGCGCUCUUACAGUACUCAUCGUCUUCUUUGGACUGCGGCUGUCCGUGAGUGCCUCGUACAAAGCUCGCUUCUUCGAGAGUGUGGUGCUGUCUCGGCUGCUAGCGCACGUGACCGAGACCCUGGAGUGCCUGAGCAGCCUGCGGGCGUACGGCGUCGUUCGACGCACCUGCGACCGCUUCUGCCGCCUGGCGGAUGCCAACACACGUGGCUACUCGGCCUUCUGCGACACCUACAAGUUCACGCGCUUCAUCACCUCCACGUGUGGCUUCGUCGUCGUGCUGGCCACGCUGCUGCUCAACGUCGUCUUUGUCGACAAGUGGGACUCGAGCCGCAUCGGCCUCGCAAUGAGCUCAGCCUCUUCGGUUCCGCUUGCUAUGAUGUACCUGUGCGUGCUCCUGUUCAACAUGCUCCAGAUGGUGGUGAGCUUCGAGCGAUGUCUCGAGUACUCGGAGCUUCCAGCUGAGCCCGACUUAGCGGAAGAUGUGACGGACGAGAAAAAGGAAGCCCUGUUGCGUUCACUCUCGGACUGGCCAUCGGAUGGAGCGAUUGAGUUCAAAAACUACUCGGCCUCAUAUCGACCAGGAGUGUUGCCUAACGUCCUCAGCAAUGUAACGUUCACGGUGCUGCCCAUGGAGAAGGUCGGAGUAGUGGGCAGGACGGGUGCCGGGAAGUCCUCCCUAGUGCUGGCACUGCUGCGGGUGCUCAAGCCUUCCGAGGGACGAAUCCUGAUCGACGGCUUCGACAUCGCGGAUGUUCCGCUGAAAAAGCUCCGCAGUAGCAUUACUGUCAUUCCGCAGGAUCCAAGCCUUCUGAGAGGCACGCUGCGACACAAUCUCGACCCGACGAACUCGUACUCUGACGAGCAGAUCUGGAAAGUACUUGGACAGGUCCACCUCGUCAACGUGGUUUCAAGCAACUCCAAGAGACUUCUCCUGGAAACGGGCGACGGUGGUUCCAACCUAAGCGUGGGCCAGAGACAGCUGGUGUGCUUGGCGAGGGCCCUGCUGCGCAACAGCCGCCUUCUGCUUCUGGACGAGGCGACUUCGCAGAUGGACGGCGACACGGACAGCCUUAUUCAGAAGACGCUCAGGGAGAGCUUCGCCAAAUACACGCUGUUCACCGUCGCACACCGCCUGCACACGAUUCUCGACUACGACAAAAUACUUGUCAUGGAAGAUGGAAGAGUACGAGAGUUUGGCGCAGUGUCGACUCUACUGGACGACCCCGGCUCAGCGUUCCACGCCAUGGCGUUCGAGGCUGGCGUCCUGUCUGGAGAAGAUAUGUCCAGCACAAGCACGACAGCGCUUUGACUAUGAACAUUAAUUCUUGGUUUUACUUGGUGGAGUCCGAGCUGAACGGUUGUGUCGUCCGCAAUCUCCGAUGUCAACGUAGCUCUCGCCGAUCGCUGCCCCGUCUUCGGACUCCUUCUACCAUGUCCCCCAUCUGUCCUAUCUCUUUUCUCCUUCUUCUUCACUUGGGUGCUGUGAGUGCUCCACCUUUCUAUAUCUUUAUGAAAGACGAUAGUCUUUUUUGGCGACCCUUCACGCAACAAUUUUGGUCUGUCUGGCUGUCUGUACAUUUGUCUGUUUGUCCGCUUUUAAUGGUACCCUAAACGGCACCAAAGUGGCCAAACGAUACUCCAAACGGCCGAAUUCAUCUGCAACAUCCACCACCAUUGCUCAAGACUCGCCGUUCAUACUUGUGUGAUUGUCGAUUAAAAGCAGU